UAGGGACGCAGUGGGCGGAGCUUGGAGGCUGUGUGCGGUCCGACCGCACACAGGGUCCGUGAACAGCCCUCAGUUAAUACCAGAGCCCUGCUUUCGCGGUCGUGGUGGUGUCCAUUUGAGGUAUGCAUCUUCAAGGAAGGCAUCUGAUACAAAUACGUUAGUGGCAUGCUGUCGUGUUUGCGAUGGAGGAGGUGAACCAGAGACUGCAGGAGUACCAGGAGGCGAUCCAGAAGCGCGAUGACUACAUCUCGCGCCUGUCGUCGAGCCUGCAGUCGACCAUCCAGCAGCGCGACCAGCUACAGCAGUCGGCGCACCAGGAGGCGCAGAAGCUCGCUCAGGAGAUCACUGUUCUUCAGCAGCAGCUCCAACAGACCUCAGCCUUCCUCAGGGACAAGGAUUUCUCGGGCAUCAAUGCCGCCGAGUUCGUCACUCUGAAAAAUCAGUUGAUAGCUCUAAACGCCACAAAUGCUAACCAGCUGGAUGAAAUCGCCGGACUGAAGGCGGACCUGAGUGCGAAGACCAAGGCGCUAGCGACCGCCGAGUCAUCGGCUGCGCAGCUUCUCUCCACACAGAAACAGAACGAUGAGGAGCUGCGGGUCGCCCGCGCUCAGGCUGAGGAGGAGCGGCGGCGCCGCACUCAGCUGGAGACCCAGCUGGAGAGCCUGCAGCAGCAGUUGCGGCAGGCGCAGCGGGACAGGACAGCGCUGGAGGAGAGCUUCGGCAAGGAGAGGGCACAGCUCACCAGCCGCGUGGAGACGUACACCAGCCAGCUGUCGGACCAGAGCUCCCUCAACGAGAGUCUCACUGUGACCCAGAGCCGGGUCAGCGAACUGACCUCGCAACUCGAGGCGGCCGCUCGCAGCCUGGAUGAGGUCACAGGCUCGGCUGCGCGCACAGAGGCCCAACUUCGUGAGAAGAUCGGCCAGCUGGAGCAGCAGCUGCGCGAGCGGUCAGCCGCUGCCGACCGGCUGCAGUCGAGCGCUCAGACGGCAGCUGCUGAGCAGCUGACGGCGCAGCUAGAGGAGCGGUUCGGGCAGCAGCUGUCGCAAAUCACCGGCGAACUCAGGUCCUCUCACGCUGCGGAACUGGCUGCGCUGAGGGAGCGCCAUCAGACAGAGCUGUCUGACCUCCGCGCCGAGCACGAGGCGCGGCUAGGACAGCUGAGCUCCAAACCUCCCACCCCACCGCCCGCCGGAGCCGCCGCCGAGCUGACUGAGCUGCGGCGCUGUCGGGAGCAGAACCGUCUCCUCGUGAAGAGUCUGCGGGUUCAGCUAGCGACGGCUACCGAGCAGCGUCAGGCGGCGGAACAGCGGCUGGUCCGCCUGGAGGCCGAGAGCGCAGCGCUGGCCCAGCAGGCGAGCGUGGCCGCCGCGGCGAGGGACGCGCUGACGGAUCAGCUGAAGGCGGUGACUGAGGAGAAGCUUGUCCUACAGCAGCGGCUGGACAGUGUUGGCGAGGAGCGAGGUCAGAUCGAUCAGAGGACGGCCGAGGAGAAGACGGCGCUCUCGGAGAGACUGAAGACAGUCACUGAUGAAAGGGAUGAGCUCUCCGACCAGCUGAGAGCCUCUAUUGACGAGAGGAGCUCUCUGAGCCAGCAGCUGCAGGCAGCGGCCGAGGAGCGGGAGACGCUGAGACAGCAGCUGCAGCUGGUGAACCAGCUGCAGGCGGACACGGGCGCGCAGCUGGCGGAGGCUAACCAGCAGCGAGAUCAGCUCUGUCGUGCACUGGCGGCCACCAACCAGCAGCGGGAGGAGCUCAGCCAACAGCUCACUUCAGUCAAUAGACAACGAGAGGAGCUCAGCCAACAGUUAGCUUCAGUCAAUAGACAACGAGAGAAGCUCAGCCAACAGUUAGCUUCAGUCAGUCAACAGCGAGACGAACUCAGCCAACAGGUGACCUCUGCCAAUAAACAGCGCGAGGAACUCGACCAGCAACUGGCUGUAACUAGUCAACAGCGAGAGGAACUCAGUAAACAAGUACCUUCAGUCAACCAACAGCUAGAAGAACUAAGGAAUCAGCUGGCCUCGUCCAGUCAGAAGCAAGAGGAGCUCAGCAACCAUCUCGCCUCAGCCAACAAGCAGCGGUCUGAUGCCGAGGAACAACUGCACGCCCUGACUGAGCAGCACAGCGCGACCAUCCGUCAGCUGGAGGAGGCCGUCUCUGCCCGUGACGCCGCUCACCAGCAGCUGAGCUCAGUCACCGAUCAGCGGGACCAGCUGAGCGUGCAGCUGGCGGCGCUGGGCCAGCAGCAGGCGCAGCUGGUGGAACAGCUGGCCGUGGCGAGCCGGCAGCCGGACAUUCAGGACGUGCUGCAGAGGGUGACGGCAGAGGUGGCAGAGCUACAACAGAAGCUUCAGCAGGCUGUCGCCGAGCGAGAGCUGGCGGAACGUGAAACUCAGAAGGCGAAUGAACAGAUUGACGUUUUAAAGAAGGAACUAGUCACAGUUACUGAUAACAGAGACAACAUGCGGUUGGAGAUUACUAGAAUCACUGAGCUGCGAGAUGUCUUGCAGACGGAUUUAGCGAAUGUGACAGAACACAACGGCAACCUUUCGCGGGAGCGGGAUGAAGCUCGCCAGCAGGUCGAAAGCCUAAACCAGCUGCUGUCUGAAGCUACCGAGCAGCGUGCUGAGUUUGAAAGACAGCUUCAGACUUGGACAGAAGAGAGACAGAAAUUUGAAAAAGACUUACAAGUGGUGAGCGACGGGCGUGAUAGUUUGAUGCAAGAGCUACAAAACACCUCCAAACGGGCCGAUAAGUUGGCGCAGGACCUCCAGGAAACGGAACAACAGCUAAACUCUGCCAAGCAGGCGUUGGAUAAGAUCUCCCAGGAGAGAGACGAAGCGAACCAGCAGAACAGUGACCUCCAGCAGCAGCUGAGCGCUCAUCUGCAGCAGGAAACCUCCCUGACUGAGCAGCUGCUGGCGGUGACUCAGCAGCGCGACUCGCUGACUCAGCAGCGCGACUCGCUUACUCAGCAGCGUGACUCGCUGACUCAGCAGCUGGCGACAGCCGGACAACAUACUAGCGAAGUGAGCGGUGUGGUAGAACAGUGGAGCUCUGAGUUGGAACGACACACGGCAGCUGUCGCGCGACUACAGCAGGCUCUGGAGGCUAGUAAAGCCGAGCAGGAACGGCUGGAGGCGGAGCUGGAGAGAGUGGUACAGGAGAGGGAUGGGCUGCAGGCAGAGCUAGAGAGAGCGGGAGAGGAGAGGGACGGACUGCGAGCGGAGUUGGCGUCUGAACGAGAGCGCUGGACCGCCGGCGAUGCGGAGCUGAGAGGCCGUAUCGCUGAGAGUGAUUCAACGGUGUCGCAACUCCGAAAGAAACUCGCAGAGGUCGAACUGAGCCGGCAGCGAGACUCCGAGGAACUAUCUCGUGUCAGAGCUGACGGGGAGACUGCUCUAUCCGUGCUGCGCUCCAAGCUCUCUGCCGCCGAGGCAGCGCGGCAACAGACCGAAUCCGAACUGACUGCCGCCCGCGCAGAGCUGGCUGAGCUUGCCGCCAGUCAAGCAGCACUGCGCGACGACCGAGCCGUGGCGAAGGACGCCAGCAACACUGCCAUCAAGCUGAGGGCGCGGGUGGAGACGCUGACACGGAGGCUGGAAGAGACUGAGAGACGAGUGUCGGACCUCGAGCAGGAGAGGACAAUGCUGCAGCAGACGCACCAGAAGUACAUAGCAGAGACGGCCGGCCAGCUGCUCGCGGCGCAGGCGGAGGCCGAAAAACUGCGCGCGUGUCUUCUGGUGCAGAGUGUAACAUCUCCGAGAAAAGAGUCGAGGGGCGUGAUGUCGCCGUACGGGGAAGGAAGUCUAACGCCUAGGAGGGGAAGCUUAACUCCCAAGAGAGAAUGUAUGCGAUCUCCAAAGAUAAGCGCGACGGCUGGGGAAAAGACCGAAGUGGAAAACCUGAGCGUAUUGAUGAGGGAGUUUGAUGGUUUUCGCUCUCCGAGGAGGGAGGCUUUGGCUGUGACUGUGUCUGGUGGCGAGCUGCGUGCGGUGGACUCCGCUCGGAGGGUAUUGCAGUACGGUGCGCCGGCGUCUGAGGCGUCUGCCGGGAGGGCGAGUCUCACCUCGCCCCAUACUCCGCCUAGCGCGGCCGACUCGGGUCUUACCGCUGGCUCAGGCUCGGCAGAGCUCAGCGAUCGCCAGCUCUCUAGGCUGGAGAGUCUGGUGCUUGUGGGAAGUUCGCGAACGGAUACUGCCAGUGGGGAUAUUGUGGAGGCGCCGGCGACGGCGGGGAAGGUUUCAAAGGCAGAGUGUGUUGAAGAGGAGAGAGCUGACGGUGGUACGCCAGUAGUGGAACUCCCCGACUCCAGUGCAGUCACUCGGCUACUGCGUCGGUUGUACGCGCGAAUGGCGGCGGCGCAGAGAGACAAACAACUACUGGAGCGGCGGCUGCACCGGCGUGGUGUCCACCCUUCUCUCUCUGACCGUCAAAACGAACAAGAACAGCCGGCGGGACUACCGGCGGCUGGCGACGGCUCACCUAACCAACAGCGCUCCCCUGAUGAGAGUCCCGUACAUACCGCCCGCUCCGUCCUCACCGCCUCUCCGUCCGUCAGCCUGGGCGUGCCUCUAACCGACCGGACCGAGGACGCCCACAGUCCCGUCCCGGGCACUGGACGAUCAGCCGGUCCCUCCUCAGUAGACUGUGCUCUGGAGGCUGCCGAGGCCGUCCGUGCUGCUCUCGCAGCGUCAGAAAGACAGCAGGAUGAGCUUCUACAGCUCGAGACGCGGGUUUCCUCCGAGCUCGCCGAGCUACAGAAGGGUCUGAAGUCGGUGAUGGAGCAGGGUGCUGAUACGUCAGCGGCUAUCGUCUUGAUUGAUGCCUCCUAUGAGGUGAGGCUGCUGAAGAGCAAGCUGGCUGCCUGUACUAGCAUCAAUUCUGCUCUGCACGAACAGCUGCGAGUCCACCGUCGGGUAGUGACCGGAUUUCAGAGACUGUUCGCGCGGAUUGCGGAGGAGGGACGAUUCAGCGGCGUGGCAGAGGGAGGACUGAGUCCAGCGGGGUCGCUCCGAUCGGCGCGGAGUGGCUCGUUGUCAGGAAGUCCCUCCUCCAGUGGAGAGAGGAAGGCGGCGGCAUCUGGUGGACAGGGGACCUCUCCUUCGGCCAGUCCUCGUUUGAGAGACGCCCCUGCUAGUGAACCCUGUCUAACCCAGGCGGAUGAUAGUGAAGCGUGGCUGAGAGAAGCGGGGCUCACGGACGUCCAACUAAUGCAGCUCUCCGCUGACGACCAGCCCAGCACGGAUGUCAGCGUGCCAGCACCGGCUGAGAUUAGCGACCCGAAACCAGCUACCAGCGGCCCGCAGCUGGUGCCCGAGCCAGUCCCCCGGCCCCAGACACCCGAGGUACCGCCGUUUGAUCUCAGACUGCUAGGAGAUGCGUCACUCUCUGAUGACGACCCGUUCGUCGGGGCUGCUUCCGGCGCCAACACUGGAGAGAAAACCUCUGGGAAGGGUGCUACACGACCAAUGAAAUCAUCUGAAGACCGGGACCGGGCUGAUGGUGAUAGACGUGAUGAUGCUACAUUGCGGAGUAGUGAUAAAGACAGACACAGAACUGGACCCUCUGGUGAUGGAAAAGCGUUGGAAGGCGGUGACGUGCCUGCUGAGACGCUCUCUGGAGACGGAGACGGAGACGGUUUUACAGAGGAGACACUGCUCUCCGAUCUGGAGCUCCUUGAGCGUCUGGUUCGAGAAAACGGGACCCUACGGCGGGCUCUGCUACUGGAGAAGGGCCGCGGCCAGCGCCUCCUGGCGGUUGGUGAUCGUCUGAGAGGGCGCCACCAGCGCGCAGAGAUGGCGCUGGCGGAGGCCGACCGGCGACAGGUGCUUCUGGUGGACUGCGUGCAGCGACAACAGGAGACCAUCGAUAGACUGCAGCGAGCGGUAGUGGAGGGCGGUCCGGCGCCAGCCGCACCGGACCUGACCCCGCUCCUCCGCGAGUGUGGAGACUCCCUGAGGGCGCGCGUCUCUGCCAAGGAGGAGGGCAAGGAAGGCGAGUCGUGCGGGGAGGAGACGGCGUCACAGCCGACAGCCACACUGCAGGCGGUCUCUGAGCGACUGGAAGCGGUCGAGCAGGACCUGACCAGGAGGAAACUGGACCUGGAUGAGGCCAACCAGCUGCUGCAGCUCCGGGACCGAGAACUGGAGAGGAUGAGAGCUAAUGCACAGAGUGUGUCUGGCGAUUGUGACCGACUGCGCCGCUCCAACCGAGACCUAUCCAACCGUCUGAGGCGGGCAGCAGACACUGUGCGGCGACUGCACGGUCUCAAAUGGGCCUCUGAGCGGCUGUGCCGCCGGCUACAGGCCGACGUGGCGAGGUCUGAGCUGGUGGUGGACCUUGAGCGGGCACUCUGGGAGGUGGAGUCGCGACGCCAGCUGAUGGAGCACGAGCAGAGGCUCUACCAGCACUUCCUGCCAUCACUGCCGACAACCCCGGGUCCCACGGACACAG